GGGACGUCUUUUAAAUGGCCGACCAAAAAACGUUACCGAAGUUCUACAUCGCUUUUUUUUAGUCUUUUAAAACAUCUUUAACUAAAAUUUAAGGAUCACUUGGAUAUUAAAUAAUGCUAACUGUAAAAGAAAAUAUAUUCUAAUUGACAUAUAUUUUUAUUAUUUUGCUGUUGUGUUUUCCCAUGAUUUGUGAUUGGUCGUACAGCAGCGGAUAUAGAAUACCGACAGAUAGAUUUUUUUGUUUACUGUAGCUGGAAUGGUAGCCAAGUAGAUUCUUCUGGAAAUACUGUUAAGUAUUGUCUUGUUUAAAUCGAGAAGUAAAUUCAGGUGUGCCUUGGGAUAAGACAACGUAAUUGUCUUGCUGCAGUAUCGUUUGAGGCCAAGAUGAUCGAGGUGGUGGCCUCCAUGGCCCGAGGCCCUGUAUUUCUAGCCGGGGAGCUCAUGGAGUGUCUCAUAAGGUUCACCAACCCGAUGUCCCACCUCUCCACCUCUGCCAGCAGUGAGAUGCUGGCGUGGGCCAGCGCCCAGAUUCACUGUCAGUUUCAUGCCAGUGAGAGCAGGGUGGCCUUGCCGGCCCAGGGCAAUAAACAGGAUGUUCAGGCUGAGAGUGACACAGUGCUUAUUCCAAGCAGAGGAGAGCGAGGGCAGUGUGUGCUGGACACACCGCCUAAGAUACUGUUCUGUGACCUGUGUCUGGACCCUGGGGAGAGCAAAACCUAUUCAUACAGUGAGGUCGUACCAAUAGAUGGUCCUCCUAGUUUCCGUGGUCAGUCAGUGAAAUAUGUCUACAAACUGACCAUCGGCUGCCAGAGAGUCAACUCUCCAAUCAAACUACUCCGAGUUCCCUUCAGAGUGCUGGUUCUGCAGGGCAUGCCAGAGCCACCAUUUCCCCAGGAUGAGGAGGUUUCCCCCUCUAACCCAUUCCUAGAGGAAGAGGAAGCUAGCCGCAGGGAUGCUCGGCCUUUAGAAAGAGCACUGGACAUGCUGAUGGUCACCACCUCAAGACGCUGCCCACACAUGUUCAAUAUCACCAACAUGCGAGGAAAAGUGGCAAAGUUCUGCAUCUUCAAGACUGUUUACAGACUCGGAGAGGACAUCAUUGGCACAUUCAACUUCUCAGAGGGUGACAUCCCCUGCUUACAGUAUUCAGUGAGCCUCCAGAGUGAAGAGGAGAUCCAACAGAUGUACCAGCGGCGUCCCGGCCAGGCCGUCAGUGUGACCGGACACGGGCGACACCUGGAGUCCUGCCUCCACACGGCCUCCAGCCACUUUUCCCUCCCCAUCCCUCUCAAUGUCACACCAGGUUUCAGCACAGACAUAGUGUCUCUCAGGUGGCGCCUGCACUUUGAAUUCGUCACCGCCCGGGAGCCCAUGGAACCGCCCACCGUCCUGCAGAACCAAUCAGAGGUCACAGUUUGGGCCGGGGCGGAACAUGUCGACGUGGAUACCUUCAGCUGGGACCUGCCAAUUAAAGUCCUGCCUACCAACCCGGCCUUGGCAUCCUAUGUGUCCCAGUUUACAGGGACCAACAGCAUUAAUAUCUGACUGUGAGGCCAUGAACAUGAGAUGAUCAGGCAUCAGGCAUCUUGUAUUUUUUCUGGGGGUAUUGACAGAUGUCUGCACGGUCCUGUGUGUGUGAGACAGAGAGACAUGGACAGAGAUACACAUUUCGGGAACAAACAAUGUGGUUUUUUGUUUCCAUUGUAUAUGCAGAGCCAGUGAUGGAUUCCAUAUGUUAAGUAUGCAACCUGUAUUUUGACUUGGUCAUAUGCAUUUUUUGAUGCAUCCUAAUAUUGAAUACAUGUUCCUUUUAGGAAGAUCGACUCACAAUGACCGUGUGAAGUGCAGCCCUCUGUGUGGUUGUUGUGCGUCUCUGUAUUUAUUUCAUUUUUGCACACUUGAUAUUUCCGAUUUUACGAGACAGUUCUUUCUUAUCCGAGAUAUUUUUACUGUUUAACUGUCUUUCCUUCAGCUUGGGCAAAGGCUGUACUGAGAUGUAAAUACUGCGAGAGAAAAAUGAAUUAAAAGUGUGAUUUAAAUUUGAUAAGUUAGGUGUGAGGGACUCAUCCAUUACUUCACAGAUUUCAACAUCCUCUUUCUAAACAAGAAUUUUAUUUGGAGGUUAAAUGAGUUACAGCAGAGAACAGGUCACAGAAUUUGUUGUAUAUAUUAAUGCAUGUGUGUGUAUAUAUGCUUAUAUUUACAACAAGUCAUGAUUGGAUUAAUUAAAGAUGUGGCAUUUGGUCUGAUGUUAAA